GUUUAAACCCUUGGGAGUCCCUCUUCUUCUCUUUUUCACAUCCUUCACCCUUCUCUUCCUCUCUUCCUCUCUCUGUAAUGAGGACCCUCAUCCGCUCCGCUCUGGCAACGGCGGCCGUGCUCUGCAUCGCUAGCCGUGCCACUGCAAAAGAUGUCGUCCAUGACUUCAAUGUGACUUGGGUGACGGCCAAUCCGGACGGAUUGAUGGAGAGGAAGGUCGUGGGGAUCAAUGGUCACUGGCCCCUCCCUGUCAUCGAGGUCGACAAGGGCGAUCGCCUCAUUGUCACCAUGUACAAUGGACUCGGGGACCACGAUGCCAGCAUCCACUUCCACGGGAUGUUUCAGAACGGCACAAAUGAAAUGGAUGGCCCCUCGAUGGUCACCCAGUGUCCCAUUCCUCCGGGCCAGAGCUUUACCUACAAUUUCACCGUCAAUCAGAACGGCACAUACUGGUACCACUGUCAUACCGACUACUGCUACCCGGAUGGAUAUCGUCAGGCCCUCAUCGUGCAUGAUACCGAGGCCUAUUUCCACGGGCAAUAUGAUGAAGAGUUCACCAUCACCGUCAGUGACUGGUACCACGAGCUGUUGGAAUAUAUCAAGCCCGAGUUCAUGUCGCUGUAUAACCCGACGGGCGCGGAGCCCAUCCCGAGCUCAUUCCUCUUCAACGACACCCUGAAUAGCAGCCUUUCGGUCGAGCCGAACAAAACCUAUCUCCUGCGGAUCAUCAACAUCGGAGCCUUUGUGGCGCAGUAUUUCUACAUUGAAGAUCACACCUUCAAGAUCGUCGAGAUCGACGGGGUCUACACCGAACCCACGGAGGCGGAUACCCUCUACAUCGCCACGGCCCAGCGAUACGCAAUCCUGCUCACGACAAAGAACUCCACCGAAAAAAACUACCCCAUUGUCACCGUCGCGGAUUCGCAACUCCUGGACACGAUCCCCACGGAUCUUCAACUCAACAACACCAACUGGCUCGAGUACAACUCCAAAGCAGCGCACCCGCAAGCCGACAUCACCGUCGACCAAGCCUCCGACCUCGUUCCCUUCGACGACUUCACCCUAGUCCCCCACGACCACAAGGAACUUCUCACCGACCCGGGCCUCACGAUCAACCUCACCGUAACCAUGAACAACCUCAUCAACGGCAAAGGCUACGCCUUCCUCAACGACAUCUCCUACACCGCCCCCAAAGUGCCCACGCUCUACACCGUCCUCUCCUCGGGCGACCUGGCCACAAACGCAACCGUCUACGGCACCUUCACUCACCCCAUGGUCCUCGACCACAACGACGUCGUCGAAAUCGUGCUCAACAACCAGGACACGGGCUCCCACCCCUUCCAUCUCCACGGCCACAACUUCCAAGUCAUCAGCCGCGAACCCGGCUACGGCGCUCACUUCUACGACUACGUCGACACCGACCCCCUCCCCUACGAUCCCUCCAACCAUUCCGCCUUUCCUACUUACCCCGCCCGCCGGGAUACCCUCGUGCUCCCCCCCCAGGGCCACUUCGUCAUCCGCUUCGUAGCCGACAACCCAGGCGUGUGGAUCUUCCACUGCCACAUCGACUGGCACUUAUCCCAGGGUCUUGCCAUGGUCCUGGUCGAAGCGCCCCAGCAAAUGCAGGAACGGUUGUCCAUCCCGCAGGACCACCUCCAGGUGUGCCAGGCCGCCGGGAUCGCAACCAAGGGCAACGCCGCCGGCAACACGGAAGACUAUCUCGAUCUCGCCGGGCAGAAUGCACAGCCGGCAUUCCUGCCUGCUGGCUUUACGGCCCGCGGCAUCGUCGCCCUGGUGUUUUCGGUGAUGAGUGCCUUUGUUGGCAUGGGGUCGAUUGUAGUGUAUGGAUUGUCGGAUAUGAAGUUUGCGUCCAAGGCUCCACCGGUUAUGCCCGAGGAGGAGAGCCGGCCUGAGGAAGAUGAAAUUUAAAAUUAAAUGAUUUUUAUGUUAUUAUUGUUGUUGUUAUUACCACCGUUAUCUGGUACUACUACUACUACUACUACUACUACUACUAUACCAUUAGUACUAUUUCUAUUUCUAUACUAUUACGA